AUGAACCGACAAGGUUCUCGACGACCUUCUUAUCAGACGGAGAACGGCUACGAGACUCGGAUCCGUUACCUGGAGGAGGUCGUUCAUCUCCUCAUUUCUAGAAACAAAUCGGCCCCGCCAACCUUUAUCUCCUUGCCUCCCGUAGUCAGCUCGUUUCGAUACUCGAAAAAGCGAGGUCUCAUUCCGCUGUUAUCACAAGGAACAGCGGAGUCGUUAACAAUUUCUGCGUCUUGGACCCAUUGUUUUAAUCCUCCACCACAUCGUCGGCCACCCUCCGAUAUUUCAGCUCGUCUCUUCAAGCCACGCCCGCGAAGUUGUCCAAUUGUCACCCACGGUGCAUCUCCGCUCUCGGUCCUCACGAAAGACGAGAACGCAACCAGAGAUCCCAAGUCCACUCGGCCAGGGAUCUUGACCGCGCCACCUCCAGUACUCAACAAGCUCGGAAGCUCGGCGACUGGCCCCAACCACUGGUCAAGCUCCAACACAGAUCUGACCUGCAGCUCGCGGCCACCUACUCGCGCAUCCGUCACAGGACUCUCAAGCCUAAGACCCGCCGCUGGACCCUCCCCUGUACUGCAGGGCAACAGCUCCCCCGCCCGAUCGCGCUCGUUGGAUCGAUUCCCACUCGCUGCUCGCGCCAAGGCUCCCAAGGCGGAACACGCUUCCGUCACCCAAUCACCUUCCUCUGUUAUUGCGAUUGUUGCCGAAACUCCAGCUAGCGACUCGGUUCCUGCCCUCAAAAUCGCCGAACCUGACACCUCCGGCCUUGGUUGCCACCCUGAGGCCCUUGGGCCGAUAACCUUUCCUUCUAACUUGGCAUCAAAUGGAAUUGCAGCGCCAUCUGCAACUGCGUCGCUCUCGAGAUCGACUACCAACAAUCCCACCUUUAGCUUGACAUCUAAACCCUCCUCGCCGCACCCAGCGUCCCACUCCUUGGUCGUACUAUGUCCGGAACUCUCGUUCACGACUGAGGCCGACUCACGACCGGACCGUUUGUCCGUCCUCCCUCCACCGUCUUUACCGCAGCGCGAUACAACCUCGCGACCGAGCACAGAUCCUAAAGCUACGACACCAGUGCCGCCGCCAUUGAUAUCACCGACUGCCACUUCCGAGACCGACUCGUUUCCUGCUCUGGUACUCUCUGAAACUGGACCGCAGACUCCAUCGCUUGUCAAUUGUAGCUCACCUCUGCCCCGCGCCGGGUUGUUAUCAACAGAGACACUGCCAACUACCCCUACAACCUCGCGAGCGAAUGCGGAUCUGAAAGCUGUUGCUGACUCCACACCCAACCCGACAAACACCUCUAGCUCACCAUCACUCCCUAGCUCAACUGGAGCCUCCCCUCCCCCAACAUCUGCUGCUGCUCCCUCCUCGGCCGCUGCCGCUGUUGCUCCUCAUUGUUCUGUAAACAGAACGGACAUCAGCAACGCAAUACACAACACUUCCUUGCCUUCUUCUCUCUCGCUGGCCCUAGACCUCUCGCAAACGGUGCUUCAACACUAUGAAGACAUUGACAACUUCCUCAAGCUACCCCCACCUGAACCAAUGCAAGAAGUUCUGGUUCAAGCCCCUGGCAAACCAAUGCCAGAAAUUCUGGGUCAAGGCCCUGCCAACAAUACUGUUGAGACCCCCCGCCUACUUUAUUCCCCACCUCCUGUUGAAGUCACCCUUCCUCCAUCUUUCCCAGCCUGCCCUGUCAACCUUGAGGUAGCUGCUAUAGGAUCCCUAACUGUUGAGCACGACAACAACAAUUCUAUGGAUGCUCAACUAGCUCCAGAAUAUUCACAAGCAACUCUAGAUUACUACAAUGACAUCCAAGAGUACCUCCAGCAGGCCAACACAGAUGAGACUGAAAUUAAGAAGAAAAAGAAAAAGAAGAAAAAGAAAAAGGCCAACCCGACUUCAACACCUGACAAUCCAAUUUUGUUUUAUGUUUGAUACCUUCACCCUCUGUCCCCCACACAUAUCCUCCAAAUGUCCUCACCUCCCAAUAGUUUCUUUUCUAUCUUCCUCAUGCUCCUCUCCGCCAUACUUCUAAGUUUCUCCUCAAAUCAUCCACCACUCUCAAAUUCCUCUCCACAAUUCCAGGCCACUCUCUAUUGUUUUCUUCUCUUUUUUACUGUCCUGGUUACUGUUAAAUUUUUCUCCUUCUUCAUUUUUUUAUAGGAGGGGAGACUGUAAGCCCUGCUCCU